AUGGAGACAGUCUAUCAGAACUUUUACGAAGUCACCGAGUUUGAGAUCAAACAGUUCACGUUUACUGGGCUGUACCCAUUACUUUGUUCCAUGUUUGUAACUCUCGCAAAUACCGAUGAUUUAUCAAAAGUGAUAGACAUUCUUUAUUAUUUGUUAACGCAUAGUACUUACCUUUGUAAGCUUUAUAACUUCAUCAAGAAUAGAAGGAAGUUGCUUGAUAUCGAAGAUGUGCUUCAAGAGAAAAUACUAUACAAGUAUUUUGAUAGAUAUGGAAAAAUCUAUUGGCACGAAGUCAUUAGGAAUUGCAAAAUAUUAUCGUACACCUUCAGACUGAGCGUUUUCCUCGUCGUUUUAUUCUACGCGCUCUUUCCUAAAUUCGAUAAAGACCCAGAUCGGACUUUACCAUUAGCAGGAUGGUUUCCAUUGAACAUGGACACAUUUCAUACAGCUAUUUACGCAUUUCAGAUUUUUUGCAUGGCAGUUAGUGCUGGAACAAAUACAAGCACCGAUAUUUACUGCACAAAACUACUGAGUCUCGCCAUUAUUGAGAUCAAAAUGCUAAAGAAUUGCUUAAGAAAUGUGGAUUAUUCAAAUGGCAAUAACGGAGGGAUUAAACCCGAAGAGCUUGGCUACAUCGUUGCCUUACAUAAACAUUUAUUGCAUUACAUCACGGUUUUGGAAGGAAUGUUCACAUAUGGUAUCUUUCUGCAAUUCUUGGCCAGCAUUGGUGUAAUAUGUUUGACUGGUGUCCAGAUGUUGGUGACUGAUCCAAGAAGUGUUCAAUUUAUUCUUCUCAUCGUUUACUUAAUAUGCAUGUUAUGUCAGUGCGGUUUAUACUGUUGGUAUGGAAAUGAAAUAUUAACUGAAAGCAACGGAAUUGCUGAAGCUUGUUAUAUGUCAAAUUGGUACGAAGGUACUACUGAGCAAAAGAAGGUACUUUUUCUCAUAAUGGAACGCUCGAAAAGGCAAAUCGAAAUGACGGCUGGUAAAUUUUUUACCCUCAAUUUGGGCACAUACAUGAUGAUCCUGAAAUCCUCCUAUUCAUAUUUCGCCGUACUGCAACGAGUUUACAAGGAUUAAGGUGCAUAAUGAAAGCGUUUCAACACUUU